GGCCCCAGCGCCACGAACGGACGAAGCGGCGGGCGGCUGGCCGGAGACGGUCGCUGGGCGGCGAGUGGCGACUAUGGCGACCGCAAUGGCAGCGACGGCAGUGGAGCGAGCGGUGCUGGAGGAGGAAUUCCGCUGGCUGCUGCACGACGAAGUUCACGCCGUGCUGAGGCAGCUGCAGGACAUCCUCAAGGAGGCCGCUCUCCGCUUUACUCUGCCAGGUUCAGGCACCGAGGGGCCCGCCAAGCAAGAGAAUUUCAUUCUGGGCAGCUGUGGCACAGACCAGGUGAAGGGUGUGCUGACUCUGCAAGGGGACGCGCUGAGCCAGGCGGACGUGAACCUGAAGAUGCCCCGGAACAACCAGCUGCUACAUUUCGCCUUCCGGGAGGACAAGCAGUGGAAGCUGCAGCAGAUCCAGGAUGCCAGGAACCACGUGAGCCAAGCCAUUUACCUCCUGGACAACCGGGAUGAGAACUACCAGUUCAGGACAGGAGCAGAGGUCCUCAAGCUGAUGGAUGCUGUGAUGCUGCAGCUGACGAGAGCUCGCAACCGGCUCACCACCCCCGCCACCCUCACUCUGCCUGAGAUCGCCGCCAGUGGCCUCACGGUGGUCCUUGGGGGUCCUGUGCCUGCCCAGCCCUCAUCCUGCCUGCCUGCCCGCCCACAGCGGAUGUUUGCCCCCGCCCUGCCCUCCGAUGUGCUGGUCAAUGUCUACAUCAACCUCAACAAGCUCUGCCUCACUGUGUACCAGCUGCACGCUCUGCAGCCCAAUUCCACCAAGAACUUCCGCCCAUCUGGAGGUUCCGUGCUUCACAGCCCUGGGGCCAUGUUCGAGUGGGGUUCCCAGCGUCUGGAGGUGAGCCAUGUCCACAAGGUGGAGUCUGUGAUCCCGUGGCUCAAUGAUGCCCUCGUCUUUUUCACCGUCUCCCUGCAGCUCUGCCAGCAGCUCAAGGAUAAGAUCUCCGUGUUCUCCAGCUACUGGAGCUACAGGCCUUUCUAAGCAGAGCACCCAAGAGCCUGUUCCCCUAGGAAGUGGCCCCUGCCCAGGGGUUCUCUGUCCCCACCGGACACACGCCUUGGUGUGUGGGCCCGAGCCAGAGCCACCACUACUCCGUCUUGCCCAUCCCAUUUGCACAGAUGGGAGUGAACACUGGAACCUUGCGGGGGAAGGGACGCUGGCUUGCUUUUUGUUUUGGAUGGGGGUGGGUCAGGAAGAUAGGGCCAGAGGUGGCCCACAUUCCUAGUUCUGUCCUUUGGACUCAAGGUGGGGCCUGGUCCAGGGCUCUUCCCCGCUUCGCUGCUUGCCUGCUGAGCUGACCCCAGCAUGGCAGCUGCCCCCUGGAUAAUGAGGGGCAGCGACACCCCGCUUCCCGCUGGAAGGUGAGGGGUGGGUGGUGACCCGAAGCUAUGAGUUGGGAAGGAGGGAGGUGGAAAACGGCAGACAGAAGCCACUCACCAUGAGCUGGAGAGCCCCUGACUGUGUUUGCUUGGCAAUACCACUAGGGCCUCCGAGAAAUAAAGACCAUCCGACUUUGCCUGGCA